AAUACUGGUGUCCACCGUCCUGCGUACCCUCUUGAAUUUCGAGCUCUUCCCACUUCCCGCAAAAAUCCAAAACCCAACACUUCGACAAACACGGAAGCUCUCCCAUUAAAUUAAAAAUUAAAUCAUCCAAAUCGUUUUAUCAAACAAAAUCAAAGCAAAAGGCAGUUCAUUUAAUGAAACUUUUUUAAAAGGGAAAUGAUGGUAAUGCAUCAAUUUAUUGCUCACGGUUAAAGCACUUGGCACUGUUCCCAAACAGUGCUCUCACUCGCUCCUCUCUCUGCACAUUUUUUGCUUUUCAGGGUUGCAGGGUUUUUAGCUGGAUGCCCUUUCUCUUUCUCCACAUUUGGAGAUUUGGGGUUUUUGAGGGGCUUCAGUUGGAGAGAGAUGCACCUGGAUCUUCUAGGAUUUUGAUGGGUGAUGAUCUAGCUUUUGGGUACUAAAGGUUUAAACUUUUCAGUAUUUUGGGCUUUAUAGGAGUUGGAAUUUUGUGGUACUUUUUAUGCACUUUGUUCUUCUGGGAUUUGCUUUUUACUGUAGUGCAGCUCAAACAUAUGGGGUUUGAGUAGUGCAGUGGAGAAAAUGGACAAAUCUUGUUGAACUUUUUUUGGAUGAUUUGGGGUCCUUUUUUGGUGGGUUUUGCGUAAUGUGCUUCCAGGAACUGCAAAAUGUUGGAGAAAUCUGCUAAUCUUUAAGCAAGUUUUGUGGGUUCUGAUCUCUCUGGCUUUUUGGGGAGUCUAUUUUAGCAAAGGUGAUUUCUUGAUCUGUAUUUUCUUGCAAAUGAAACUUGGAUUGUUAGAUCUUCUGCUUAGAUCUAGGGUUUCUUGCUCAUUGUAUUCUGGCUCAGAAGGGUUUUGAGAAGUAAGAGUUAAAAAAUAUCUGCACUUUUUCUGCUGGUAGAUCUCACUGUGCCUUCAGUGUAUAAAGACCUUGGAACAAAAAGAGUUAUUAGUUGGCAAAGUUUCUUCCUUUGUUGGUGUUAUUUUCGAGUUUCGAAUUGCUGAUUACGAAAGAGAGAUUUAUAAGUUGGCGCGGUAGAAGAAGACCCAAUUUGUUAAGGAAGUUGUGAUUUAUGGAUUUCUUCAAAGUUAAGAAGUUUAGGAAAGCACACAAACCAGACCCGGAAAAUGUGUCAGAGGACAAUCCUGUGCCACAGCCGGAGGAACCCAGCAAGGAGAAUAGUGGUGAUGCUUUUGGUAAGUCGGCCAAUGCUGAUUCUGUGGCAGAAGCUGAGGACGAUGAUGAUGAUUUCAUAACGGAGGAGGUCAAGCGGAGGUUAAAAGAAUUGAGAAGGAAUAGCUUCAUGGUGUUGAUUCCGGAAGAAGAGUCAUUUCCCGAAGAUGAAGAAGAAGAAGAAGAAGAGCAGGCCGGUGAAACAAGCUCUAACGAGUGGAGGGAUGUAGAAGCAGAAGGCCGGCAAUGGUGGUGUGGCUUUGGUGCUGUAUAUGACAAGUACUGGGAGAGGAUGUUGUUCUUUGAACGGAUGAGUGCGCAGCAUCUUAAUGGAACUGGCAUCCAAACCCCUACGACCCCAUCACCGCGAACAGCAUCUAAGAAGCUUACCUCCCCUUUUCGCUGUCUUUCUUUGAAGAAGAUUGAAGAGCCUGAUGAGGAAACUGAGCACCUUCAACAGCCAGAAAAUGAUCCGUUCCAGGAUAUUGAGACAUCAUAUGUAGGUCAACUUUGCUUGUCUUGGGAGGCACUGCACUGUCAGUACACUCAACUAAACCAGCUAAUCGCUUGCCAACCUGAAAAUCCCAACAGUUACAACCACAGUGCUCAACAGUUUCAACAGUUCCAGGUUUUACUACAAAGGUAUAUCGAAAAUGAACCUUUUGAGGAGGGCCACAGGGCUGAAAUUUAUGCUCGCACACAAAGGCUUCUUCCUAAUUUACUGCGGGUGCCUAAUAUACAAGGUCCAAUUCAAAAAGGAAAGGAGGAAGAAUUAGAUUCGGUGGUCCAUGCUCCUGACCUCAUCAAGAUUAUUGAAACCUCAAUCCUCACUUUCCAGCUUUUCCUGAAGAUGGAUAAGAAAAAACCAAGCUCUGUUCUUAACUUGUUUGGGAAUCAAAACCAGGCUGCCACCCCACUUCAGCAGAUUCAAUCUUCUCUCGAGAAGAAAUGGAUAAAGUUAAAGGAACUGCAAAAAAAGAGGAAAGGUUGGAAGAAGAAAUCGUGGCCGCAGUUGCAAGAAGAUGUUCAGCUUUUGUUUAGCCUGAUUGACGCCAAGGUUUUGUCGAGAACCCUCCGAAUGGUGAGAAUAAGCAAAGAGCAGCUGUUUUGGUGCGAGGAGAAGAUGAAAAAACUCGAUUUGGUAGAUGGAAAGUUGUGGAGAGACCCGUCUCCUACCCUUUUCCCUUGUCCAUAGCCCUUCGGAAUGAACUAAUUAAGCAUGUGUAUUCCUUCGAUGGUUAGCAGCAGACUAAGCCCUCUCUGUCUGGCUUCUCAUUCAGUUUCUCUUUUGUAUGGUGGAAGGAGUUUUAUCCUCUGGAGACUAAGAAAACUGACUUAAUGUACGAUCUACUAUCGAUGUAUGAAAGUUAAGAGGAACUUUCCUUUUGCCAUUGAGACUGUCGAGGAGCCUCGGUCGGUUUUACUAUAUGAAGAAAAAAGUUGUUCAAACUAUUUUCAGCAACUGUAGUAUGUUAUCAUUUGGUCACUAAAUUAGUGUCUACCUUGCAUUUCUUUCA